UAUCUGACCAUACUGGUUGGAACUUGGAACCAGCUUCUAGAGGAUCCAGCCGGAAAGAAAGAGUCGCCGUGUGCGCGAUGGCUGCGAAGGCAACAGGCCACGUGGGCACGGAGGCGAUGGAGGUAUCCGUGGAGGUGGCGAACGGCGACGACGACGCGGCACGGCUAGACGACGAUGGGCGGCCGCGGCGGAGGGGCACCAUGUGGACGGCGAGCGCGCACAUAAUCACUGCGGUCAUCGGCGCCGGCGUCCUGUCGCUGGCGUGGGCAAUGGCGCAGCUUGGCUGGGCGGCGGGGACCGCCAUGAUGCUGCUCUUCGCCGGCAUCAGCUACUACACCUCCACGCUGCUCGCCGAGUGCUACCGCUGCGGCGAGCCGGGCACCGGGAAGCGCAACUACACGUACACGGAGGCCGUGCGCGCCAUCCUCGGCGGUGCCAAGUUCAAGCUCUGCGGCGUCAUCCAGUACGCCAACCUCGUCGGCAUCGCCGUCGGAUACACCAUCGCCGCCUCAAUCAGCAUGCUGGCGAUCAAGAGGGCGGAUUGCUUCCACGACAGAGGGCACAGGAACCCGUGCCGCAGCUCCAGCAACCCCUACAUGAUCCUAUUCGGCGCCGUCGAGAUCGUCUUCUCACAGAUACCGGACUUUGACCAGAUAUGGUGGCUCUCCAUCGUCGCCGCCGCCAUGUCCUUCACCUACGCCACCAUCGGCCUCGCACUCGGCAUCGCGCAGACCGUCGCCAACGGCGGGUUCAAGGGCAGCCUCACCGGCGUCAAUGUCGGCGACGGGAUCACGCCGAUGCAGAAGGUCUGGCGCAGCCUGCAGGCCUUCGGCAACAUCUCCUUCGCCUACUCCUACGCCUACAUCCUCAUCGAGAUACAGGACACGAUCAAGGCGCCGCCGCCAUCGGAGGUGACGGUGAUGAAGAAGGCCACGAUGGUGAGCGUGGCGACGACGACGGUGUUCUACAUGCUGUGCGGCUGCAUGGGCUACGCGGCGUUCGGCGACGACGCCCCGGACAACCUCCUGACUGGGUUCGGCUUCUACGAGCCCUUCUGGCUCCUGGACGUCGCCAACGCCGCCAUCGUCGUGCACCUCGUUGGCGCGUACCAGGUCUUCUGCCAGCCGCUCUUCGCCUUCGUGGAGAAGCGGGCGGCAGCCAGGUGGCCCGACAGCCGGUUCAUGACCCGGGAGCUGAGGCUUGGACCCUUCGUGCUCGGCGUGUUCCGUCUGACCUGGCGGACGGCCUUCGUCUGCCUCACCACCGUCGUCGCCAUGAUGCUCCCUUUCUUCGGCGACGUCGUGGGGCUGCUCGGCGCCGUCUCCUUCUGGCCGCUCAGCGUCUACUUCCCCGUCGAGAUGUACAAAGCGCAGCGUCGCGUGCGCAGGUGGAGCACGCGCUGGCUCUGCCUCCAGACGCUCAGCGCCGUGUGCCUCCUCGUCUCCAUCGCCGGCGCCGUUGGCUCCACGGCCGGCGUCAUAAACGCAGUCAAUUUGCACCGACCAUUCAGUGGCUAAGAGCGUGUGCUCUACUGCUCCGUGCAUCCUCGUCUUCUCUCGCUCCGUCGCAGUCACUAUCUAUAGCGGACCAAAUUAACCAAGCACUCCGUUAGCGUGGCUGUUUAUCAAGCCUGCUCCUGUUCUGUUUAUGCAGGCGGAGCCUGCAGCUUGUUUGCACGCCCGGGGCAUAAAGUUGGUAUCCAUCUUCUAAAUGUCACGGUUAUAUUGUAUUUUUUUAAGAUGAGCACGAUUGAUCACACCCUAAGAUUCCUGUAAGGUACACUCCAAUGGGAGGUAGAUUGAAGGGAGAAGAUCGAAAUGUUUGCGAAUUCAUUUUUUAUUCCUUCUUAAUUAUAGAUGAUUACAGUUAUACCUUUGGGAU